AUGGGAGCACAGUCCCUGGGAGCACAGUCCCUGGGAGCACAGUUCCUGGGAGCACAGUUCCUGGGAACACAGUUCCUGGGAGCACAGUUCCUGGGAACACAGUUCCUGGGAGCACAGUUCCUGGGAACACAGUUCCUGGGAGCACAGUUCCUGGGAACACAGUUCCUGGGAGCACAGUUCCUGGGAACACAGUUCCUGGGAGCACAGUUCCUGGGAGCACAGUUCCUGGGAGCACAGUUCCUGGGAACACAGUUCCUGGGAGCACAGUUCCUGAGAACACAGUUCCUGGGAGCACAGUUCCUGGGAACACAGUUCCUGGGAACACAGUUCCUGGGAGCACAGUUCCUGGGAACACAGUUCCUGGGAACACAGUUCCUGGGAGCACAGUUCCUGGGAGCACAGUCCCUGGGAGCACAGUUCCUGCGAGCACAGUUCCUGGGAGCACAGUUCCUGGGAGCACAGUCCCUGGGAGCACAGUUCCUGGGAGCACAGUUCCUGGGAGCACAGUCCCUGGGAGCACAGUUCCUGGGAGCACAGUCCCUGGGAGCACAGUCCCUGGGAGCACAGUUCCUGGGAGCACAGUUCCUGGGAGCACAGUUCCUGGGAGCACAGUCCCUGGGAGCACAGUCCCUGGGAGCACAGUCCCUGGGAGCACAGUUCCUGGGAGCACAGUUCCUGGGAGCACAGUCCCUGGGAGCACAGUUCCUGGGAGCACAGUUCCUGGGAGCACAGUUCCUGGGAGCACAGUCCCUGGGAGCACAGUUCCUGGGAGCACAGUUCCUGGGAGCACAGUUCCUGGGAGCACAGUUCCUGGGAGCACAGUUCCUGGGAGCACAGUCCCUGGGAGCACAGUUCCUGGGAGCACAGUCCCUGGGAGCACAGUCCCUGGGAGCACAGUCCCUGGGAGCACAGUUCCUGGGAGCACAGUCCCUGGGAGCACAGUCCCUGGGAGCACAGUCCCUGGGAGCACAGUUCCUGGGAGCACAGUCCCUGGGAGCACAGUCCCUGGGAGCACAGUUCCUGGGAGCACAGUCCCUGGGAGCACAGUUCCUGGUAGCACAGUCCCUGGGAGCACAGUCCCUGGGAGCACAGUCCCUGGGAGCACAGUUCCUGGGAGCACAGUUCCUGGGAGCACAGUCCCUGGGAGCACAGUUCCUGGGAGCACAGUUCCUGGGAGCACAGUCCCUGGGAGCACAGUUCCUGGGAGCACAGUCCCUGGGAGCACAGUCCCUGGGAGCACAGUUCCUGGGAGCACAGUCCCUGGGAGCACAGUUCCUGGGAGCACAGUUCCUGGGAGCACAGUCCCUGGGAGCACAGUCCCUUGGUGUGAGGAGGAAGUUUUCCCGUGGUCUCCAAAGGAAGACUCAAGAAGAAGGUAAGAAUAAGAGUAAGAAAGGUAAAUAUAAUAAACCAAGCUAUUGGUAG